AUGGUCAAGUUAACUAGAUUUGAAAAACUGCAAAAGGAAAAGAACGCUGAGUAUUUUAAACCAUUCUUAGAUGAUCUAGAACAAAGUUCGCAAGAUGAAUUUGUUAAGAAGCUUAGAGACUUUGAUUUUAAUGAUAGGCCCAGAAAUGAUUUAUUUGUCUGGAUACCUGUAUUGAAUAGAAUUGAUGAUAUUCUUUCUAAGUUUGUUGAGAAGUAUCAUUAUAGUUACACAAAGGCUCCUGAACCAUUAAAAUUGAUGAACGAUGAAGAUUUGAAUGUUACUGUUGAGUUAACUGAGUUUUCUACAAAAUUAUUGUGCAACACUGAAAACCGGUACAUCUAUUCUUCAAUGGAUGUAAUGAGUAACUUACUUAACUGUCCAAAUUUUGAAGUAAAAUUAGGUGCUAUAAGAGUACUUGCUACUAUGGGAGAGAGAUACGUCAUUGCUCGAGAACGGAUUGAUGCUACAAAAAACGUAUUGGGUACUCAUCCAUUGAAAAAUAAGGCAUUAAAACUAGCAUUAGCAAUUCCAUCAUCUGCAAUGGAUGAGAAUGGAGAACAUUUUGCAUUGACAGAUUUAUAUUUCGAAAAGAAAAAAUACCCGUCGAAGUGGAGCAAACUAAGAUAUACAUACUAUGCGUCUCCUAAGACUAAUUCAGCAUCAUCUAAUGUUAAAUCAGUUGAUUGUAGUGAUUCAAACUCUCACUCCUCGGCUCAGCAAGGGGUAUCUAUGCUAAAAUUUUCGAUGAAUAGUGAAGAACUUUCCAAGCUAACUAUUCAAGAGAUUUUGGAUAAAGGUAUGAAGGUUAUUCCAGCAGAGGAAUGGUUUGAUUUCUCACUAAAGGCAAUAGCAGCAAAAGCAUUUAGUGAUGACUCCGAAGAUAAUCUGCAUCUAAGAGAGACAAUAAUAAGAACAAAAAUGAAUGCUAUAGCCCUUGUGAACACGGUUUACCUCCCUCCACAAGUAAGUUCAAAAUUCUUUGAAGUUGAUCCUUAUGCUUUUAAUAGUCUGACAGAUUUUAUUUCCCUUUCAGAAGUAAAAAUAUCUAAAAACCUUCGAUUAGAUGCGUUAUUCGCAUUGGAAUGUAUAUCUCUAAAACAUGUUUGGUGUUCUGAUAUCAUGAGAAACCUUGGGGGUAACAUGUCUCAUGGUCUUCUUUUCCAGAUUCUACGAUACUUGAGUAAAAUUUUAAGAGAAAAGUCAUCAGAAGUCGAUGAAAUUUAUAAUGUACGGUUUUUUUACUUGAUCUCUAAUUUGGCUGAUGUCAAAGUUUUACAUGAAGCUUUAUUAGCAGCAGGCCUAAUACCGGCAUUAUUGGAUAUUGUUUCAAUUAAGAACUUGGACUAUAGACGUACACUCGCAUCCGCCACACAUUUAUUAGAGGUUUUCAUUAAUGACAGUGAUUCCACUAACGAGUUCAUAAACAAUGAUGGGUUCACGACGUUGAUCAAAUCUAUAGAUGAAGAAAUCAAUUAUGCGAUAGAGAAUAAAGGGCAAUUUAAUCCACCGGAGUUUAUAAAGGUUUACUAUGCCAUUUCAUUUCGUCAACUAUCGUACAUCAGAAGUCAUUUGAAACUUGUAAUAAAAUUACUAAAGACUGACUCUGGCGAUAGAAUAAGGAAUCUGAUUGACUCUCCAAUUUUAGGCUCUUUAAAAAAGAUCAUGACUAAUAGGGAAUUGUUCGGAUAUACGUUAAUUACAUAUACUCUGGACAUCAUACAAAGAGUUAUCAAUAGUGAACCUACAAUUUAUCCUAUAUUGAAUGAGGCAGGCCUGAUCCCCUAUAUUAUUGAAAACUUUGAAAGUUUGAUGGGACCAUAUUCAGAAUUAUUAACUCUACUACCUGAUGUUAUUUCUGCCAUCUGUCUGAAUACAGAAGGUCUCCAGAAAGUCAAAGACAAUGGCCUGAUUAAAUCUUUGUUCAAGACUGUCACCAAUUUGGAUUAUGCGAUUGUACUCUCAUGGAAGGAAGAAUCUGUCGAUUUUGGUACGUCAAUGGAUGAACUAGCAAGACAUUACCCUGAUCUUCAGGACGAGAUCUGUAAUGCAUUUUCAGAUAUGGUAAAGACGUUACCUGACAUAGUAAAAUUUAAUCAACCCUUUUUGUAUCAAUCAAAUACUGGAGAGGAUAUAAUAUACAGAUCAAAAACGGAUAAGGUUGUAAGAGAUGAAGAGGGUUCCCAAGAGCUUGCAUUUUGGGAUAUACAGAAGGAUUCACCAAUCGUCGACUGUUUCUCCAAUGUAUUUUAUGGAAUGACGCUUGAGAAUUCUGCUUUACAUGAUUUACCGGAAAAGUUAGACUUUAAAACUUUAUUUAAUGCAAUUGUACUUAACAAUGUCCCCUUUGAUUUUAGCAUGUCUCAAACUAUGUUGAACUAUACAGAUGUGUUGCAACUAUUUGACGAGCAUUUCAAAGAUUACGCAUUUCCUGGUAUACUGGAAAUAAUGGAUGAUCAAUUAAAGGACCUGGAAGAAUUCAUUAAUGUAACUGAACAAUCCACAAGUAUAUUGCAGGAUGUGGGUAGUAUUGAUCUGAAUCAAAGAGUUGAUUCUAUUAUCAGUAAGCUAUCUAAACUAUUGGCAACACAAUAUAUUGUCACAAAUGUCUACUUGAACAUUACCACACUAACUCCAAAUAAAUUCAAGGAAAUAUUGACUUUCUUUAAGAAGUUCGGCAUAGGUUUGAUCCACCGUUUAAGGUUGUUGUUUCAGAGAUGUGCUUUGGAGGAAAGCUUUAUUAGAAAGAACUUGCCUGAUGAAGUUGCGAAAGAAACCAUGCCAGAUACCAUCGGGGGGAACACUCCACCAAUACAAAUCCAUGUAUCGAAGCCUCAAAAGGAAGAAACCAAAGAUAACGGGACAUCUGCGAAGUUUAAGAAUACUUAUCAGAUUAGAAGCAUUCUGAAUAAGCUGCAAUCAACAUCUUCGAUUUUGUUCAGAUGCUUCUUAAGGCUAAAGUCCACUGAUGCAAAUGUAGAAAGUCGUCAAAUGGAAUUACAAAUUUAUGAUACAGUUGUAGAAAAUGUUCUUCAUCUGUUGACAGCCGUACCUUUGCAAGGCAAUCUGCAGUAUGCUCUGGUUGUAUUAAAUUUCAAUACCUAUAUCUUCACGUUUCCAAAGACGAGUAUAACUGCUAAUGAGGUACUUCAAACAGUGCCAUCGUAUCUAUUUUUGCAAAAGGGUGGUUAUGAUAUUUAUGAGAGACUCGUUGUGGAAUUAUUUGGAGAAAUGUCUAAGUUUUCCAACGUUGCAUCUGUUGAAGAGAUUGACUAUGUUAAGGAUACCCAGGAGGUACUGAUAUUGAGUUGCAUCAUAAACGCUCUGACAUUUUUUAAUAAGCCGACAAAUAUGGAUACUAUGGAAUUGGUCCCAUCGAUUAAGUAUUAUUAUGAUGGCUUUGAGGAUAAUAUUAAUUUGACUAAGGCAUUAAUGGGACCAGUGAAAAUCUCAGCGGCAACUAUGAUAAAACAAAUUGACAAUAAGUUUAAUUUAUUCAAUCCUGUUUCUAGAACAGUGCCUUAUGCUGUAUUUAAACAAUUGCUAACUCUUCUAAAAAAUCUAUUCUCUCCAGGUCAGGAGACUGCUAGUGGUUUAUUUGUUUUGGAUUGCAAAUACUUUCCCACUUCUGAAAAUAUCCGAGAAGCCAUACGUGAAAAGGAUUUACAGAACGGUAACUUAAAAGCCAUAAAAGCUAAACUGGACGACAAAACCCUGACUCUAAGCGAUGUGGUAAAGCUGAUACCCGACUUCGGUUUUUAUAAUAGCGUGCCUAAACUAGUUACCAAGCAUACCAGUGUUUCGUUGAUUGGAAUAAAAAAUGACUCUUUCUACAAGGAACUGCCUGAUAAGGUGUUUAAUAUUCUGCCUUAUUAUCCCAAACUAGUUAAUGCUUUUGCAAGAACUCUUUUACAAAUAUUAGCUGACUGGAAGAUAUCCGGUGAGACAUUUGCAGCAACUGUCCUAGAAAAGGUUGAAAAGACUAACAUCAAAGAUGAAGCCACUCUUUCAUCGUUUAUCCAUUUAUUCGGUAUAUUUUUGAAUGAGAAAAUUGUCUACUCAAAAUCUGAAGCAUCCGUAAUGCACUUCUUGACAUACAUGCGAGAAAACUUGAAACCUCAAUAUGUGAACGCCUCUUGGUUUUCAAAGGCUUUGUAUGCAUAUGAAAUCGUGCUGGCAAAAUCAGAAAUUCCUCAAAUGGAGAAAUUGGAUGAAGAUGUCAAAGCACGUUAUAAACUUUGGUCUCCCUUAGUUGCCCACCGUAUACCUGAUGAAACAAAAAAAGCUAUUUUUGACAUCUUAAUAAGAGUCAAUGACAUUUCAAGCUUUUAUUCGGCAUUGGCGACUUCUAGAAUCUUGAUAUUCUACGCUAGGGAUGAAGAAUACGCAAAGGAGAUAACACACUCUGGAAUUCUAUCGAGAUUACUCAAAGUUAUUGGGAUGUUUCAGAAGUCUGAAAAAAUUAACUUUCUUGAGUCGUCUUUUCUUUUGUUGAUUAGAAGAUGUUUUGAAACUACAAGCAUAAUUUCUACUCUAAUUAGAAAUGAAAUACACAAAAGUUUUACUACAAGACCAAUUGGAAACUAUAAAGAACGUGAAAGAGAGUUAAGUGGCUUGCUGGAGGAAAAACCUCAUGUAGUGAUGCGAAGUCCAUCUGUUUUUGUAGACAUUCUAUGCGAGAAUGCCAGAUUUUCUGAAUUUGAUAAAUCAGAUUACAUUACAAACUACAUUAUGAGAAGAAAUUUUGAUUUGGAUAAGAAGACUACCUCUAUAACACAAAAUACAAAUGAAAAUGAGAUUAUACCAUCACGAAGAACUAAUAUUGUACAUUUACUAUUGUCACAACUUAUGGCAGCAUCAGAAAAAGAUUGGAUUUCGGAACCCGCCAAUCACCCACCAGUUGAUAUACCUUCUAAGCCAUCUAAAGUUGAUCCUUCGAAGAAUCCAGUCUGCGCUUACAUGAUAUGUUUGUUGAAGAUGCUUUUGGAACUAAUUGGUAGUUACAAGCAAUCAAAGUUUGAAUUCUUGACAUAUAAUCGGAGAAACGUUUACUCGGAAAAACCUAAACCAAGAGUAACUGCAUUGAACUUCUUCCUUUAUAAGCUCAUUGAUCGUCCUGCUGGAACUGAAAAGAAUGUGUACGCUCAAAGGCGCCGUGAGGUCAUUAGUACUCUUGCCAGAUCUGUGAUUGUAGCUUUUAUAUCUGAUACUCAAAUCCAGAUAACCCCUAAACAAGACUUGACCAAACAAGACCCAGAUAUGGUAUUUAUUAGGAAAUUUACUAUAGAAUCUGUUAUUAAGGUCAUUAAAAAUUCUACCAGCAGUCCAAAAAUACUUGAGAAUAACGUCAGCCGUCUAGAAAGCUGGUUCAAAAUAAUUGGCUCUAUGGUCUAUGUUCAAGCACCGUAUUUGAGGUCUAUUUUGGACACUAAUAAGAUUGAGGCUGAUCAAUAUCAGAUUUGUAAAUUAAUGAUAGAGUUAGGAGUUCCGACUGCAAUUACUGACUGUAUGGCAAACCUAGACCUGAACUAUCCAUUUUCAAGAACCUUAUUUAACGAAGCUGUUGAUGCCUUGAAUGCUAUCAACUUUACUAGGAAUAAUUUCUCAGAUCUAUUUAAAGUUGAGUCUCAUGACGAUGAGGACGAUGUUGACGAAGAUUCAGAAAAAGAAGAGAACAAAGAUAUGUUCCGUAAUUCUGCCUUAGGAAUGUAUGAUGUUGAAGAUAUAGAGGAAGAUGAUGACGAUGAAGAAGAAGAAGGUUCUCUAAUUGGAGAAGAAGACGGGAUCGCUUUUGUUGACAGCGAAGAUGGAGGCUUUGAGGUAGUUUUUAGUGAUGAAAGUGAUGAAAAUAAUGAGCAUCCAAGCUCUGAAUAUGGAGAAUCUGAUAGUGAGAAUGAUGGCGAAAUUCAAGUAGAAAUUGCCGAAGAGAGUAUUUCUGGUGAUGAACAUGAUGAGGAAAUGACUAACUCCUCUGAAGGCGAAAGUUCCUCAUAUGAUAGUGAUGAUAUCAGUAUUAUUGAUGAGAAUGGAUAUGAAUAUGAUUCAGACAUUGACCUUGAAUUGGAAGAUUAUGAAGUUGAGGAUUCUGAUUGGGAAUCAGGGCUUUCCGAUUUUUCCUCUUCAAGUAAUGGAGAUGAAGACAAUCAUGAGGAUUCUGAGCACGACUCUGGAAGAAGGCGUUGGCAUGUUACACAUGGUGUUGAUCUAAUUGAGGAUAGUAUAAGUGACUCUGAAAGGGGUGUUUUUCAGGGUAUCGAACAUGUGUUUCAUACAGAAAAUCAGCCUUUAUUUAGGGUUCAAAAUGAUAGUGUCGCUCGUCAUCAUGAUAGAAGUUUUAGGAGGAACCAUGGAAUAUCUUUUGGUUCUCCUGCAUUAACUCUGUUCAAUAGUUCUCGUAGAUCUCAAAAUAAUCUGAUCAACCCACUAGGACCAACAGGUCUAGAACAAGUUGAAAAUGAUAUCACUGAUCAACUGGCAACGAUCGGUUCAGGUACACGUCCAAGAACUGAAAGAUCUAACUUUGAUGAAGUAUUGUUUUCUGGUGAACUGUUUGAUGAGAGACCUCUGGAUGGUAUCAUACUUAAAUCUUCUGUAGCAAGAUGGAAGGACAUUUAUGAUAUGUUUUAUGACUCCAAGGGGUAUGCCAAUUGUGUUGUUACAAAGAUAUUAAACAAAAUAUAUAAGCCUAGCUUAGACCUUUUCAGGGAGGAAGAAAAGAAAUACAAUGAGAAACUUGAAGAAAAGAUAAGAAAGGUCAAAGAAAAACAAAGGAGAAACAGUCACUUGAGUCAUCGGUCCUCGUUCUCAGUUUCUGAUGAUAGCACCAUCGAUCAUGAGCCACUGGGUGAUACACAAGGACCAAUAAACUCGGAAGAUACUGGAGAAACUCAACAACAUAGAGAUCCAGUCUAUGUAAAUAUCGAAGGGCGUGAUGUUGAUAUUAGUGGAACUGAUAUUGAUCCCGAAUUCUUAAGGGCCCUACCAGAAGAUAUGAGAGCUGAGGUUUUUGCUGAGCAUGUCCGCGAAAGAAGAGCCGAAGCUUUUCAAAAUAACAUACACUUACGUGAAAUUGACUCAGACUUUUUGGACAUCAUACCAGAUGAGAUUAGAAACGAAAUUUUAGAUGAGGAAGCUGGUGAAGAGCAUGUUUCCGAGAUUAUUCACAAUGCUAGAAAUUCUGGGGAUGACAGAAUAAACCUUGACGAAAUUGAAUCUAAUACAGAUGAAGAUCACAGCGAUCAUGAACCUGUCCCUGAAGCUGCAACUGAAGAUAAAAAGAAAAAUGGAAGAAUUUACUUUUCACCACUUGUAGAUCGGGCAGGAAUUGCCGCAUUGAUGAAGGCGAUAUUCAUAUCUCAGCCGUACAUACAAAGGGAGGUUUACCAUGAAUUAUUUUACCGUUUAUGUUCGAGUAAACAAAAUAGAGGUGAUAUUGUAAACAUCCUCCUGUUUAUUCUAAGUGAAGCGAUAAAUGACCAAGCAUCUUUGGAGAAAGUUUACAAUUCAAUCUCAUCAAGAGCUCUAGGGAAAUCGGGUGGGGCCACUGCUACGAAACAACUUCCUCCUGAUUGUACUCCUCUUACUGUAGCUAAUCAGACAAUUGAAAUACUACAGAAUCUAAUAGAUGCCGAUGGUAGAUUGAAGUACUUUUUUAUAACCGAGCAUGACAAUUUGGUAGUUAAUAAAAUCGGUACAAAGCACAAGAAAGAAUCAAGUACUAAGGCGUUCCAAUUUCCUAUUCAAUACUUAAUAACUUUGCUGAGUAAGAAGAUUAUAACAGAUGAGACAGUUCUUAUGGAUCUUCUAACGAGAAUACUACAAGUAUGCUCCAAACCUAUUGCAACUCUUGCGAAAAAAGAUAAGAGUAAUCAGAAAGAAAGUAAGAAACUUCAGAUACCUAAUUUCAAAAAAGAAGAAUUGAGGCAAUUGGUUUCAAUCAUAAAAUUAGAUAGUUGUAAUACUAGGGUAUUCCAGCAGACAAUAACAAUUUUACAAAACCUGUCAACCAUUGCUGAUAAUAAGGAUAUUUUUAUAAAAGAUUUGGUUGAAAAUGCCAGAAACAUAGUUGCAGAUCUCUCAGAAGAGUUGAGAUCAUUGUGCAAAGAAGGAACUGUAGUUGAGAGUGGAGCUGAGAUAAACUCUGAUUUGGUUCAAAAAUUUACAGUACCUAGUUCCAAUCAAGCGAAACUGUUGAAAGUGUUAACUGUAGUUGAUUUUCUGUAUUCAGAUAAUAUCUCCGAAGAGAUGAUAGAUACUAAUAAGUUGUCGGAGAUCUAUAAAAGCAUGGCCUUGGGUGAAAUCUGGGUGGAACUAAGUAAAUGUUUGUUUGAAUUUGAGAAAAGGAAGCAUUUGAGUACAUCUGCAACAGUAUUACUCCCAUUGAUUGAAUCUCUAAUGAUCAUCUGUAGACAUUGUAGGCCUAGUAUUGCUCCCAUCCUAAAAUAUGAGGAAGAAAAGAAUCUCGAUUUCAAGAGAAUGGAUACAGGUGAGCUAUUUUUGCACUUCACUGAUUUGCAUAAGAGAUUGCUGAAUCAAAUGGUUAGGUCGAAUCCUAAACUAAUGAGUGGACCUUUUGCGUCAUUAGUGAAAAAUCCAAAAAUAUUGGACUUUGAUAAUAAAAGAUACUAUUUUAUUGCCAAGAUCAAAUCAGAUAAAACUGAAGCCCCUAAACUUCCUAUCCCAGUAAGAAGAGAUCAAGUUUUCUUAGACUCAUACAGAGCACUAUUCUUCAAAUCUAAUGAAGAGAUCAAAAAUAGCCGACUUGAAAUUACAUUUAAGGGUGAGAGUGGGGUUGAUGCUGGUGGUGUUACAAGAGAAUGGUAUCAAGUAUUAUCUAGGCAAAUGUUCAAUCCAGGUUAUGCAUUAUUUACACCAGUAGCAUCAGACAAAACAACAUUUAGACCUAACAGAGCUUCCGGUGUAAAUCCAGAACAUCUUUCAUUUUUCAAAUUUGUAGGUAUGGUAAUUGGUAAAGCUAUAAGAGAUCAAUGUUUCCUUGAUUGUCAUUUUAGCAGAGAGGUCUAUAAAAGUAUUUUAGGAAAGCCUGUUGCUUUGAAGGACAUGGAAUCAUUAGAUUUGGAUUAUUAUAAAUCUCUUGUUUGGAUAUUGGAGAACGAUAUAACAGAUAUAAUCGAGGAAACUUUUUCAGUUGAAACAGACGAUUAUGGUGAGCAUAAAAUAAUUGACUUGAUCGAUAACGGAAGAAAUGUUUCUGUAACGGAGUCAAAUAAACAAGAUUAUGUGAGAAAGAUAGUGGAAUACAAAUUACAUACAUCCGUUAAAGAGCAAAUGGAUAAUUUCUUGAGUGGAUUUUAUGCUCUAAUUCCAAAAGAUGUCAUUUCUAUAUUUGAUGAACAAGAACUUGAGUUACUUAUUAGUGGUCUACCUGACAUUGACGUUGAUGAUUGGAAGAAUAAUACCACUUAUGUUAACUAUACCGAAAGUUGUAAACAAGUUAGUUACUUCUGGAGAGCAGUAAGAUCAUUUGAUGCCGAAGAGAAAGCAAAAUUGUUACAAUUUGUCACUGGUACUAGUAAAGUACCAUUAAAUGGUUUCAAAGAAUUAAGCGGUGUUAGCGGUGUAUGCAAAUUCUCGAUCCAUAGAGACUAUGGCUCAACUGAACGUUUACCAUCAUCUCAUACAUGUUUCAACCAAUUGAAUUUACCAGCUUAUGCAUCCUAUGAUACAUUAAGGGGUUCUUUGUUAAUUGCCAUAAAUGAAGGACAUGAAGGUUUUGGUUUGGCGUAG